GAGGAGAAAGGUUGAGCUGAGCCAGAAAGGAGGAGCUUAAACCUGUGUGCAAAAUCUGGGAACCUGACUGGACAUUGGUUGGUGGCCAGGAUGAGGAAAAAGAGCCGGGAAACAUCCCACCUUCCUAGGCAGGGGGCCCCGUGACCAGCUCCAGCCACUGGCGGUCCUGCCAUCCUAGGAGCUUAAAUACAGGGACGACUGGGGCCCCAGAGGUCACACGUCUGAUUCUACCGGGCUCGGAGCACCGGGCACCUCCCUUCAGCACCAUGACUUGGUCUUCGCACCCUCGGAGUUUAAUAAUCCUCAGCUUCUACACGCUUUCAAUGCUCUCUUCAACAUGCCUGGCAUAUGUUGCCACCCGAGAAAAUUGCUGCAUCUUAGAUGAGAGAUUUGGUAGUUACUGCCCAACUAUGUGUGGGAUCGCAGGUUUCCUGUCUACUUACCAAAACACUGUAGAGAAGGAUCUACAGAAUUUGGAGGGCAUCCUACAUCAAGUUGAGAACAAAACAUCGGAAGCCAGAGAGCUGAUCAAAGCCAUCCAGAUCAGCUAUAACCCUGAAGAUCUAUCAAAACCAGAUAGGAUACAAAGUGCCACCAAGGAGUCCAAGAAAAUGUUGGAAGAAAUUAUGAAAUACGAAAACUUGAUUACAACACACGACUCAACGAUUCGAUUUUUACAGGAAAUCUACAAUUCAAACAAUCAAAAGAUCUCUAACCUGAAACAGAAAGUGAUCCAGCUUGAAGCAAAGUGUCAGGAGCCUUGCAAAGAUACAGUAAAAAUACACGACACAACUGGGAAAGAUUGUCAAGAAAUUGCCAAUAAGGGGGCCAGAGAGAGUGGGCUUUACUUUAUCAAACCUCUGAAAGCUCCGAAGAAGUUCUUAGUCUACUGUGAAAUUGAUGGGUCUGGAAAUGGAUGGACUGUGUUUCAGAAGAGGGUGGACGGCAGUGAGGAUUUCAAGAAAAACUGGAUUCAAUAUAAAGAAGGGUUUGGACAUCUGUCUCCUACUGGAACCACAGAAUUUUGGCUGGGAAAUGAGAAGAUUCAUCUGAUAACCACACAGUCUGCCAUCCCCUAUGUAUUAAGAGUGCAGCUGGAGGACUGGAGUGGCAAAACCAGUACUGCCGACUACUCCACAUUCAGGGUGGGACCUGAAAGUGACAAGUACCGCAUGACAUACGCCUACUUCCUUGGUGGAGAUGCCGGAGAUGCAUUUGAUGGCUUUGAUUUUGGCGAUGAUUCUAGUGACAAGUUUCUCACAUCCCACAAUGGCAUGCAGUUCAGUACCUGGGACAAUGACAAUGAUAAAUUUGAUGGGAACUGUGCUGAACAGGAUGGAUCUGGUUGGUGGAUGAACAAGUGUCAUGCUGGCCACCUCAAUGGAGUUUAUUACCCAGGGGGCACUUACUCAAAAUCAUCUACUCCUAAUGGUUAUGAUAAUGGCAUUAUUUGGGCCACUUGGAAAUCCCGGUGGUAUUCCAUGAAGAAAACCACCAUGAAGUUGAUCCCAUAUAACAGAAUUGCCAUCGAAGAUGGACAACAGCACAGCCUUGGGGGAGCCAAACAGGUCAGACCAGACCACCACGUUGAAAUAGAAUAUGACUAAGUCACUGACCUUGAGACGUAGCUGUUCAUUCUAUUAGCCCAUAAAAUUCAGAAACGUUUUUGAAAUUGUCUUCCCAUUUUCUCUGACGGUGUUUAUUAAUUUUAAGUCUUUUAUUAACGGCAGUUAGCCUUGAAUGGCCAUUAAAACUCACUUCCGACUACAGUCCCAAAUGGCUGAAGGCAGAAUUAUUUAAAAAUUGUUUAUUUGAUGAGAUAUUGUUUUGGCUCAUUUCCUAAAUAUGUAAUAAAAUUAUUGUGGUAUUUUGCAUUGUAAUGAUCAUGCAUUAUUUUGUCUUGGUGAUUUUUAAAAAUUAUUUCUUAAAUAUUUUAGUAUAUGUUAAUUAAAUGGGGGCAAAUUCUAGCAUGUCAAAUGCCUAAGUAUUUUUUCCAUGUUUACUACCCCUAAGUCAUUCAUAUUUAAUUGUUAUUUUAAAUGGAAAGAAUUGUAUCUUUUUAAUACAUAUAUAUUUUUUUGGUCAUAGGCUGGAGACAUCUAAAAGAACAUUUCCAAAAUGAUUUACUUUUUUUAAAGGACUUUAUCUGAACAGAGAAAUAUAAUAUUUUUCCUGUGGGACAAUGGACUUGCAAAACGCCUCACUUCAUUUUAAGAGUAAAAAGAACCCAUAUUGAAAACUCCACUAACAGUUUUAUGCUGGUGAUAAUUUAUCUACAUACCAUUUCAAUAAAUCUUUUGUUUCCUAAGGCUA